GCACUUCACGAAUUGCGUUCGUUAAGUGAGCACGCGGCUAGUUUCAACGCCAAGUGGGAAAUUCUAUUCUGCAAAAGAAGUUUUUAUUCUGUGGCUUUUGUAAGAAGUUUAAUAACUGAAGCAAAAUGGGCAAGGAUUUUGAUGCUGUUGGAUUCGUCAAGGACUUCGCUGCCGGAGGUAUCUCCGCAGCUGUCUCAAAGACUGCCGUCGCACCCAUCGAGCGUGUGAAACUGCUUCUGCAGGUUCAGCACAUCUCGAAACAAAUCUCCCCCGAUAAGCAAUACAAGGGUAUGGUUGAUUGCUUUAUCCGCAUUCCAAAGGAACAAGGUUUUGCUUCAUACUGGCGCGGUAACUUGGCCAACGUUAUUAGAUAUUUCCCAACUCAGGCUCUGAACUUUGCCUUCAAGGACAAGUACAAGCAGGUCUUCUUGGGUGGUGUUGACAAGAACACCCAGUUCUGGCGUUACUUCUUGGGCAACUUGGCCUCUGGUGGUGCUGCUGGUGCUACCUCUUUGUGCUUUGUCUACCCAUUGGACUUUGCGCGUACUCGUUUGGCUGCUGAUACUGGCAAGGGUGGCGCCCGUGAAUUCACCGGUCUGGGCAACUGCUUGACCAAGAUCUUCAAGAGUGACGGUAUUGUUGGCUUGUAUCGCGGCUUCGGUGUCUCUGUCCAGGGCAUCAUCAUCUAUCGUGCUGCAUACUUUGGCUUCUACGAUACCGCCCGCGGCAUGUUGCCCGAUCCUAAGAACACACCCAUUUACAUUAGCUGGGCCAUCGCUCAGGUUGUUACAACUGUUGCUGGCAUUGUGUCCUAUCCAUUCGAUACUGUUCGUCGUCGCAUGAUGAUGCAGUCUGGCCGCAAGUCCACCGAGAUCAUCUACAAGAACACACUGCACUGCUGGGCCACCAUUGCCAAGCAGGAAGGUAGCGGUGCCUUCUUCAAGGGCGCCUUCUCCAACGUUCUCAGAGGCACUGGCGGUGCUUUCGUGCUUGUGUUGUACGAUGAGAUCAAGAAGUUCUUGUAAAUUUAAUUAUUAAAUUAUUCAAAAACCAACAACAAAACAUAAACAAAAACAAACAACAACUACCACUACCAGCUAAUUAUAUUAUAUAAAGAUAAAUUCAACAACAGCGCGAAACAUCUGCAAUAAUCCAAUAUAAUUAUAAAAUUAUAUUAUAUAUAAUAACUGGAAUAUAAUUUAAUUGCACUUGCAUAAAUAGCAAACAUUUGAUGGCCAGAUAGCAACAACAACAACAACAACAACCAGUAGAACAGUAAGAAAAGCAAAAGGAGUCGAAAUCAGGAUAUUUGGAGCGGAACGGACAAGCCAAAUCUCUUAGCCACAAACACAACACACAAGAGACAAACAACAAUAUCAGACGAACAUUCUAGACAUAUAUUUAAGUUAUAAGCUAGUAGCAUUCUUGUUAAGUUCGACAGGUGAUUGUGGCAGAGCGGACAGGUGCGUCUGUAUCUCUGUCUCUGUUCUCAACGAAACAGUCGCCUCCUCCACCCUUUUGCCGAUCGAGAAUGUUUGAUCGUAUAUACAUAUACAGAGUGCGCAUUAUAAAA